AUGCUCCACAACAUAGAAAAGUACAAUGAAAUCACUGUGUUUGACGCUGUGAUGGUAAGCGCCGAGGAUACACUACCUGAAGAAGAUUGUUGGUUGCUUGCAGAAAAAUACGCCAAUAAACUACCAAUUGUCAACGACAUUGAAAAAUGUUACUAUCCUCCACCCUAUGAACCUCCUGAAUAUCCAAUGCAAUGGCAGAAACACAAACGUGAACCGUUGAAUAUUCAAAUUGGUAAUUUUUGCAGAUCAGCAGGACAUAAAUAUGCUUCUACCAAACGUGAGUUGGGUUCUAAAAAGGCAAAGAUCACUUACAAAUACAUUUUGUUGGCGGCACUGACUAUCUAUACUAUAUACUUUUGUAUUUGGACUUUUAAAUACCAUAAUAAAUAG